GUCACCUAAGAGAGGAGAAAAUGUAAUUGGGUGCACAUAAAAUCAGCAGAAAAAUAAAAGUUAAUUGACAAAAAGAAGUUAACAAGUGUUUUUUCGAAAUAAUUUAAAGUUUAAAAGCUUAAAAAUGUCCACAAUCCACUGAAAACGGAUUCAUUGUUCAUGCACAGUUAUGUUGAAAUUCUCUCUUCUCUAAUUUUCUUCGUUUACGUUGUGUUGUACGUGGUGCCUCUUAAAAGAGUCGAUGGAACAUCUAUAGUUAUUGAACAUCUGUGAUAGCUCCAUAGCACAAAUAAAAGUUGGUCACUGGUCAAAGAAUAUCUUAGUUAAAAACAUACCACAAAUAAAGUUUAAAACAAUAUUUGAAUAAUUAUAUUGAAAUUACCACAUCAAGAAUAAAGAAAUUACAAUAUCAAUCACACAGGCACUAGAAAAUGUUCAAUGGCAUGGUGCAAACGGUACGAAACAGUGUAGUUGGGACUUAUCCUUCUUGCCAUGUUAAUUCACGUCUUGAGGAACGAAGGGCCAAGACAAGAGCUCUACGAGCAGAGCGUCGAAGAAAGCCGGAUAAACCAGAUGAUUUUGUGACAUACGAGGACUCCGGGAGUGAUGAAGAAACACCAGAACAGCAGGAAGAAGUGCUAAACACUUCGUACAAUUUUUACGACUUUAUUCGUAGUAGGGAGAAUGGUCUAAAUGAGAGACGUAAAAUAAACUUUGAGCAAACAAGUAGAUAUGUGUUGACACAUGAUAUGUUGAGAGAGACACAAAUAAACUUGGGCUAUAUUAAUAAAGUCUUCUGUUCCAAAUGGUUGAGCAAUCGUCAAGUUAUAUUCGGAACUAAGUGCAACAAGCUUCUUGUGUACGAUGUAAAUAUGAGACGUGUCGAUGCCAUUCCUACUCUAUCGACAAAUAGAGCAAAUCAUCCUGAAGUCCAAGGAGGAUUGCAUGCAAUUGAAAUCAAUCCAAGUCGCACAUAUUUGGCCACUGGUGCCCGUAACUCAGCGGAUAUAGCUAUAUACCGUCUACCAACAUUGGAUCCGGUGUGCGUAGGCGAAAAUGGACACAGAGACUUAAUAAUGGGAAUGUGUUGGUUGGAUGAUCAGUUUAUUGUAUCGGGUUCAAAAGAUUCACGCAUGGCACUGUGGCGAGUAAAUGAGGAACACAUGGAAUUUCCCGACGGUGGCAAGGAGUUUUGCCCAACAUUUGCCACAAUUAAUCCCUUAUGUGUUCGAGAUUGCCGAACAGCUCAGAGGAUUCGCUCGCUUUGUUUUAACAAAGAAUUCCGAGAAAUAGCUGCUUUAUCCCUGAAUGGAUAUAUACAUGUUUUUAAUGCAGAGACAUUUAAACAAAAACUUUCACGUAAACUGCCAAAUUGUCAAGACAAUGUUAGCAUAGCUUAUCACAGUGAUGGUUUAUAUGCUAUUGGAUGUCGAUCUUAUACAAUUCUCUUGGAUACCAGAACUUUACAGACUAUUAAAAAGAUUACAUCACGCUAUAGCGGUUGUGGUAUACGGGCCACAUCUUUCGAAGGCAAUCUUUUAACUGUUGGUACCGGUCUAGGAAUGCUUUUAUUCUAUGACAUACGUGCUGGAAAAUAUCUAGAGAGCAGCGUGAAUGCUUCACGUACUGUCACAUUAAAAUGCAGCAAAGGCAUAGUGUACCCAGAGGACGAAAUGGAUGGUUUCAAUGUUAAGUAUGUGCCGGCUAUAUACACACAUUGCUAUGAUAGCACAGGUAUGAGACUGUUUGCAGCCGGUGGUCCAUUGCCAGCUACUCUGGUGGGUAACUACGCGGGCGUUUGGCAAUAAAUAGAUUUUCCUAAUUCCGUAACUAAUGAGAAGAAAAACUGAUUAAUUUUUAAGCCCAACCAUAGAUAAGGUUCAAAUAAAUGGAAUUUGUCUUUUCUCCAUUCAUCUAUUAAAAAAGGGGGUUUGUGUUCUGCAUUAAAAACAAUUUAAAGUAAAUAGUGAGAUUGAUUGCAAAACAUACAUAAAAAAAACAAAUGGAAAAUUACCAUUACAUGUUGGAUUGAAAAAAUUGCAGCAAUAUUUCCCAAAAAUUCGAUCAGACCCUAGCCCCAACGAACAUAAUUGUGUUUAUUAAUAUUUUAAAGAAUUUUUAUUGUGAUGUUUUUUAUGUAUAACUUUAUUUUGUAAAUGAUUAGGUCAUAGUCUUCAAAUUGCGUACACAUACAUACGGUAUAAA